AUGUCGGAGUUGCCUACCUGGAAGGCUCCGGCAAGACUUGAUCAGCUUAAUAGUGGUGCUGGCGGAGAGCCUCAUUCGCUGUUGGACAUUUGUGAAUCUGGACAAGUGAAAGUACCUCCACGCUUAGCCGCGUCAGGUGGAAUGCAUACAAUUCAUCCGGAGUCCAGUUUUUCUGGGUCGGCACAUCAUCGGGCAAGGUUUUCUUGCAGCCUUUGGCCCGAGCGCACCCUAAGCGGCUUUACGAAAUUUGGCAAGUCCGACCCCUCCACCGCUGAAUGUGGGAGGCAGCCCCAGAACUUCGAGUUCACGCCACCAAACGGCUUCUCGGAUGGUCUGAACUCGAUUGAGUGUCCGUCCCGUCGCCAACGCUCCGCUCCAACAUAG